UUUCAAGGGAAGAAACCCACAGCUCCGCCGUAUACCAUUCCAGGGAGGGAGAGAAUGCUGCCGCGAUCCGCCGCACAUCUACAUCGGACCGCCGUCUCCACCGCCGCCGCAUUCCUGAUCUUCUCCGUUCUGAUUGCUGAAUCCACCGAUAAAUCUCCGGUCAAGUGCAGCACGACCUGCGCGGCGGAGAACUGUGAUACGAUUGGGAUUAGGUAUGGGAAGUACUGCGGAGUAGGAUGGACCGGAUGUGCCGGGGAGAAGCCUUGUGAUGAUGUGGAUGCUUGUUGCCAAAUUCACGAUGACUGUGUCGGCAUGAAUGGUGUGAUCAACAUUCAAUGCCACGAGGAGUUCAAAAAGUGCCUAAAGAAAGUACAUAUAUCGGGGAAGGAAGGGUUCUCCAAGGCGUGCCCAUAUGAUACAACAAUACCUACAAUGAUACAGGGAAUGGACAUAGCAAUUCUAUUAAGCCAGAUGGGAGCUCCAAGAGAAGACCUUUAGUAGAUUAGCUAAAUUCAGGACACCAUUAAGGUAAAGAGUUACAUUUGGAAAUUUUCUUUCUUGAUUCAUCUCCAUGAUAGAGUAAGGAUGCCAGUAACAUUCUUUUUCUGGUAUUUGGGAAGAUUUUUUCUCUUGACAUUUAAAUGAGAGAGUUGAUUCAUGUAUUUCUUAUUACACUAGUGGUCAAUAAAAAUGGGCUUGUUAAUU